AUGACAAACAAGGGAUCUGCCAUUCUGGAGCUUCAUCGUCAAGGUCAAUGCGUGAGUGCGAUCGCGCGAUUGCUACGUGUUUCUCAUCAACUCGUCUCAAAAGGGAUUAAGCGAUACAAGGAGCCUGGAAACGAUGGAGAUCGUCCAGGAGACAGAAAAAAAACAGUCAACCCCUCCAGAAGUCGCAAAGUGAUUCAGAAGCGCGUGGCCCGGAAUCAUCCGGAUUUCAUCUCGGCCCAGGAAUGGCCUCCGUAUUCGCGCGAUCUCAAUCCGUUGGACUACAGUGUUUGGUCAAUUUUGGAGGCAAGGGCUUGGGCAAAACCCCACAAAUGUUUGGAGGCUCUUAAGCGAUCGUUGACCAGGGAAUGGGAUCGAAUCACUCCGGCCGAGCUGCGGCUGCGGCCCAUCGCCGAAAACUUCAUCCAGCGUUUGAGGCUCCGCAUCGAAGCCAAAGGUGGCCACUUUGAAGAAAAG